GGGAGCCCCUGUGCGCGGCUCGCUCGCUGCGUGCGGGGAAGGUUGUGCUGCGAGCGGAGGAGCCGGGAGGAGGGGGAGAUAGCGGAGCUGCCUCCUGCCUGAGCCGGCAGCUCCCUCAGCCCCGGGCGCGCCGCCACCGCCGGAGGAGGAGACCCGGGACCCGCCGCCGGCUCCCAGCCAGACCCCGGGCGCUUCCUCCGCCACGCACGUGGGCUGGGAGCCGCCGGGGAGCCCGGAGCCCCUUGGCCCCAGCGGCGCCGCCUCCGCCCGGUGCCCGGGCAGCAGCUCGGCAUGGUCGGCAGAGCCGCGGGGUGCGGCCCCGGGGAGAGGAGCUGAGCGCCGCCGGAGGGACGAGGAAAGAGCCGCGCCGAGCCCCGGGGAUUAUUUCCCAGCCCGGGAUGGGGGACUGGAGCCGCCGGCCCCGGGCAGCAGCCAGCGGGCGUCUGCGGGCUGGGCGAGCCGCUGUCCUGGUGCUGCUCCUGGCCCGCUUCUGCCUCAGCGCCGCGGUGGAGGAGAAGAAAGUUUGCCAAGGAACAAGUAACAAGCUGACCCAGCUGGGGAACGUGGAAGACCAUUUCACUAGCCUGCAAAGGAUGUAUAACAAUUGUGAGGUGGUGCUUGGCAAUCUGGAGAUCACGUAUGUGACACGCAAUCAUGAUCUUUCGUUCCUGAAGACCAUACAGGAAGUUGCAGGCUACGUGUUAAUAGCACUCAACAAUGUGGAUAGCAUUCCACUGGACAAUCUCCAGAUCAUCCGAGGAAACGUGCUUUAUGACAACUUUUACGCACUAGCAAUUUUAUCCAAUUAUCAGACAAAUAUAAAUAAAACCAGUGGACUCAGGGAGCUGCCAAUGAAACGGUUAUCAGAAAUUCUUAAUGGAGGAGUUAAAAUCAGCAACAAUCCACAACUGUGCAACAUGCAAACAGUUCUGUGGGACGACAUUAUUGAUUUGAACAAAACACCUGCAAUGCUGUUGGAUUAUCAAAAUAAUCUGACUGAUUGUUCUAAGUGUCAUGCAAAUUGUACAGAAGACCACUGUUGGGGUGCCGGCAUAGAGAACUGCCAGACAUUAACAAAAGUCAUCUGUGCCCAGCAAUGUUCAGGCCGAUGCAGAGGAAGGGUGCCCAGUGACUGUUGUCAUAACCAGUGUGCUGCUGGGUGUACAGGGCCUCGCGAGAGUGACUGCCUGGCAUGCCGCAAGUUUCGGGAUGAAGCAACGUGCAAGGAUACUUGUCCACCGUUAGUGCUGUACAACCCGACCACCUAUCAGAUGGAUGUCAACCCAGAUGGAAAAUAUAGCUUUGGAGCCACUUGCGUGAAAGAAUGUCCACAUAACUAUGUGGUGACAGACCAUGGCUCCUGUGUUCGCUCGUGUAAUGUUGAUACCUAUGAAGUGGAAGAAAACGGUGUUCGGAAAUGUAAAAAAUGUGACGGGGUGUGUAGCAAAGUCUGCAAUGGGAUUGGAAUAGGUGAACUGAAAGGGAUUCUCUCCAUAAAUGCUACAAACAUUGACUCUUUCAAAAAUUGUACCAAGAUCAACGGGGAUGUCAGCAUUCUGCCAGUAGCAUUUCUAGGUGAUCUCUUCACCAAAACACAACCACUGGACCCAAAGAAACUGGAUAUCUUCAAAACCGUAAAAGAAAUAUCAGGAUUUUUGUUGAUUCAAGCCUGGCCUGAAAAUGCCACAGAUCUCUAUGCUUUUGAAAAUCUGGAGAUUAUACGAGGCAGAACAAAGCAACAUGGUCAGUAUUCUCUUGCCAUUGUUAACCUAAAGAUACACUCUCUGGGAUUGCGCUCCCUCAAGGAAAUAAGUGAUGGUGAUGUCGCCAUUAUGAAAAACCAGAACCUCUGCUAUGCUGAGACAAUGAACUGGAAUAAACUCUUUGUGACAGAAACUCAGAAAACAAAAAUCGUAUCCAACAGAAAUAAAGAUGAAUGCACCGCUGAGGAACACGUUUGUGACCCCUUGUGCUCAGAAGUAGGCUGCUGGGGUCCAGGGCCAUUCCAUUGCUUUUCCUGUCAUCAUUUCAGUCGCCAAAGGGAAUGUGUGAAAAAAUGCAAUGUUAUGCAAGGGGAGCCAAGAGAAUUUGAAAGAAAAUCUGAAUGUCUUCAGUGUCACCCAGAAUGCCUGGUGCAAAAUUCAACUACAUACAAUGCAACCUGCAGAGGACCUGGUCCGGACAACUGCAUAAAGUGUGCCCACUAUAUAGAUGGCCCUCACUGUGUUAAAUCCUGCCCUGCUGGAGUUCUGGGUGAAAAUGAUACCUUAGUCUGGAAAUACGCAGAUGAAAACUCAGUGUGUCAGCUCUGUCAUCCGAAUUGUACCCGUGGGUGCAAAGGACCAGGUCUUGAAGGCUGUCCAUUGGGCUCCAAAAUCCCAUCCAUUGCAGCUGGUGUUGUUGGAAGUAUCCUUUGUUUGGUUGUGAUAGCCUUGGUCAUAGGGCUUUACAUGCGCAGACGUCACAUUGUUAGAAAGCGUACAUUGCGCAGGCUGCUUCAGGAAAGGGAGCUUGUUGAACCUCUAACACCCAGUGGCGAGGCGCCAAACCAAGCUCUUCUGAGGAUUCUAAAGGAAACAGAAUUUAAAAAGGUCAAAGUUCUAGGCUCUGGAGCUUUUGGUACUGUUUAUAAGGGGCUCUGGAUUCCAGAAGGAGAGAAGGUUAAAAUUCCUGUUGCUAUUAAGGAAUUGAGAGAGGCUACCUCCCCAAAAGCCAACAAGGAAAUACUUGAUGAAGCUUACGUGAUGGCUAGCGUUGACAAUCCCCAUGUGUGCCGCUUGCUGGGAAUCUGCCUUACUUCUACUGUCCAGCUUAUCACACAGCUUAUGCCUUUUGGCUGCCUCCUUGACUACAUCCGAGAGCACAAGGACAACAUUGGCUCCCAGUACCUUCUCAACUGGUGUGUGCAGAUUGCAAAGGGAAUGAGCUACUUAGAAGAACGUCGCUUGGUGCACCGUGAUCUGGCUGCCCGGAAUGUCCUUGUGAAGACUCCUCAACAUGUGAAGAUCACUGACUUUGGACUGGCAAAACUGCUUGGUGCUGAGGAAAAAGAGUACCAUGCAGAAGGAGGCAAAGUUCCUAUCAAAUGGAUGGCUUUGGAGUCCAUUUUACACCGAAUCUACACCCAUCAAAGUGAUGUCUGGAGUUAUGGUGUCACAGUUUGGGAACUAAUGACAUUUGGAUCAAAACCGUAUGAUGGGAUCCCAGCCAGUGAGAUUUCAUCUGUCUUGGAGAAGGGCGAGCGUUUGCCUCAGCCUCCUAUCUGUACUAUUGAUGUCUAUAUGAUCAUGGUCAAAUGCUGGAUGAUAGAUGCAGACAGUCGCCCCAAGUUUCGUGAGCUGAUAUCAGAAUUCUCCAAAAUGGCUCGAGACCCUCAGCGCUAUCUUGUUAUACAGGGAGAUGAAAGAAUGCAUUUGCCAAGCCCUACGGACUCCAAGUUUUAUCGGACCUUGAUGGAAGAGGAGGACAUGGAAGACAUUGUUGAUGCAGACGAGUACCUCAUUCCACACCAGGGAUUUUUCAACAGCCCCUCCACAUCCCGGACUCCCCUCUUGAGUUCAUUGAGUGCUACUAGCAACAAUUCAACCACAACCUGCAUUGAUAGAAAUGGGCAGGGAUACCCUGUGAGGGACGACAGCUUUGUCCAGCGCUACAGUUCAGAUCCAACUGGCAUCUUCUUGGAAGACAGCAUAGAUGAUGGCUUCCUGCCUGCUCCAGAAUAUGUCAAUCAGUCAAUCCCCAAAAAACCAUCAGCAUUUGUAGUACAGAAUCCAAUCUACAACAACGUCUCCCUCCCAGUAAACCCAAAUCCCGCUCCAGCUUCAAGCUAUCAGAAUUCCCACAGCACAGCAGUGGACAACCCAGAGUAUCUCAACACAAACCAGUCUCCUUUUGUCAAAACGGUUUUUGAAAGCUCCCCCUACUGGGACCAAACAGCCAAUCACCAAAUAAAUCUGGACAAUCCUGACUACCAACAGGACUACUUUCCUAAGGAAACUAAGCCUAAUGGCAUCUUUAAAGUUCCUGCAGCAGAAAAUCCUGAAUACUUAAGGGUAGCAGCACCAAAAACUGAAUACAUUGAAGCCUCAGCAUGACCACAGAAAAAUUCUCUCUUCUUGCAGUAAUACAAACUAAAAUCCAGAUGAACAACUUGGCUGCUGCAGGAUCAAGCUAUGAACUGACAGAAGAGUAAUCACAAUUCACUGACAGACACGCUUUUCCUUUCAAGCUGGUGGGCUGAAUUCACCAAGCUGAUUUUACUAUAUAUUUUGGGCUUUUCCUUGCCCAUCCACAUACAUAACUUAGGCACAUACCAUACACAUGCAUGCAUGUUGGACUACAGCAAGAACUUCCUGCAGAUAAGAAAUUGCAGAUGCAUUCCUUCUGUUUUCAAAUGGUAGCAUUAUAAAAACCAAUUUGGAAUUAACUGUAAGAAUUCCUUUCUACAAUGCCUAUUUUUAUAAACAUUUCUAAUGGAAUUUUUGGAUCUUUUACAAGAUGAGACACUUGCUUGUUGUACUGUUGUGUGACUCUCGGAUCACGAGGGGAAAAAAAAAAGCAAUACAUUAUUAAAUCCCUUUCAAACUCUUGAAAGUUGGAUAGCUGUUCCAAAUUAUUGGAUCUUAAAUAUUGACUUCAUUUACUGUACUGGUACAAACAGGAAAAAAAUGAGUCAGAGAGAAGUGUGGAGAUUCUGCUGAUGAAGUGGUUUUUAAAAUGGAACAGGUUUGGUGAAAUUUUAUAACCCACAGUGUAUUUAGCACAAGGACUGGAUGGCAGCACACAUUACUUUACUGACCACUACUCUUGGAGUCCAGCAGGAAGAACUCAGCAUACAGAAGAGUUGUUUGUAAAUGUUUAUAAAGUACUCACAAGUCUGUUUUCUGUAUGUUGAAUGCAAGCCUUUCUUUUUUCCAUUCCAUUGGUUAGCUGUAGAUUUGUCAAAUUACAUUUUUAACAAAAUUUUUAAAGAUGUUGCUAUGACUGAAAAAUGAAGUGUCAAUUCCCUUUGUCUCAAUCGCAUUUGGACAAACUUUCCCUAAAGGGCAAGGAAAUGCAAAAGGUGUUAAUUGGGUUAUUUGUGAGAGCUGGUGAUCCGAAUGCAACUGCACAAAAUUAAACUUGGCUAAGACAAAAAUGCAAAAAAUGCAACCAAAGGAAAUGAGAUUGUUUUUGUUUUGUUUUUUUAAGUAGCUCAGUAAAAAAAAAUUUUUUUCCUGUAUAAAAAUUGCAAAGAAAAGGGGGGGAAAUACACCACUAUACUCUGUUAAACUUGUGGCAGAAUAUUGCCAAUUGCUGUAUCACUGUGCAGGAAUCUGUUGUCUCUUACAUGACUACAGCUGCUGUGUUAGGGUGGUCUUCUUUUAUGCUAGGUACAAAGAAAAUACAGUAAUAAUGCAUCAAAGAGGAAAAAGAAUAGUCUGAAGUGUUUGAAUGCAAUUGCUUAGUUUACUCUUCUGAAAUUGGGGGCUGGGAAUGCCACAGGCCUCUUUGAAGUCCAAGCCUGGUCGUCUAAUUGUCACAGUGGAAUAAUCCAAAUCAAUAUUUGGUUUAAUAAUAAAUAUACAAUAUAUCUAUUGUAUAUAAAACCAUUGUAGCACAAAAAGUUAGAGAUUGGUUCUCUUUAAGUUGUGUGUAGUUUUUAAAACUCCUGAAGUUCUUUUAAUACCUUUUGAUAACAUUUUUGCUGUCUUCUUUGAAAGGAGUAGCAAAAAAAUAGUUAAAGCAUUGAUUCAAAGAGUAAUAGUAAUAUGGAGCCAUCCCUCCACUGCCUUGAUGGAAAGAAUAUUUUAGCCAAAUAGUUGUAUCUGAAGCCAGAUGUGAAUCAAGCAAUUUGCAUGCUAAGAUCCAUAAUUAAUAGUUAAUCAUUGGAAAAUUACUUGAGAUGACAUAAAAACUAUAACAGAAAAUAUGUAAUAUUUAUACUUGAGACAUCAAUGCAACCUAUAGCAUCAGGGAAUGGUCAAAUUUCACUCCUCCUCCACUAUGUUUGGAAUACCUCAAUGUAAAUUCCAGCUGAAAUAUUGCAUUUGUAUCCAGAUCAGGACCAAAGCCCUUAAAAUGUUGUCAUGGCAGGUUUGUUUGAGGAGGGGAAAUGAAGACUGGCAGUGUAAAAUAUCUCCUGUUAGAUCAAUGCAAUGCAGGCUGCCAUUGAAAACCAGGACACGUAUAAUAAUGUGUCGCUAACAGUACAGAGUCUAGAGCCGGAGAGCAAAUUUGAUCAAAACACAUUUAUUGUCAUCCACUUUGGGCACAUCUCACUCACAAUGAUUGGAGCCCAGCCGCAGCCUUACAGAGAAUAGGUAACAACUUGUAUUAUUUCCUUGUAGUUAAAACAUUGAAAAAAAUUCUGCUCUCAAGUACAGUUUACCCCAGAUCUACACUGGUGUACCUGAGAGCAAAAUGUUGUCCCAAUGCCAUGUUCAAAAUGUGCCAGACACACACACGCUCACAUCGACACACACUGUCAUUUUAACAAUCUUUUUUUUAUUUUUUUUCCCCAUUAACAAACUCACAAGGGGAUUGUAUGUUUGUCAAACGACUUUUUAACAGAAAUCAUGGAUAGUUUACUACUCAAAGCAAUACAGUACGGUACAAUACUACAUCUUUUCCUACAGCCUUUCCAACGCCAUUCCCAAAAUGAUUCAGUAACAUUUUUAGCUUUAAAAAUGGUUAUUUAAAAAAAAAAAAAAAGUAGCGCUAAGUUACCAGCAUUAUGUAGCAUGGAAACUAUUUAAUAUAGAUUAACCUCUCUACAUUUUUUAAAUGGUUCCUGGAGGACUUUGUAACAUGACCACCAUGAAAGCCAAUGAGAGUCAUGCAGCUAUAUUCUUUAAGAGUGUUUAAGAAAUCUAAGGUUGAGUUCUCUUUUUUUUUUAAUUUAUUUGUUUAAUGGAAAACAUAGCAGAGAGAAUAUAGGAGCCAGCUUCUGAUGCAAGAUUGUCUGUAAUUUAUGACCUAUCCUAAUUUAUGUGGUACAGACUCUAGGUUUAUGAACUAACAAUAUUUUUAAAUCUGAUAAAUGUGUCAUGAUUUCCUAAUAAGCAGCCCUAAGUUAUUCAAAGACCAACAGAAAUAAAGAGCAGUGAGCAUAUUAGCAUAUCAGCUCAGCUUCAUUGUAGCAAACCACUUCAGUGCUAUUUAAAAUAAGUAAAUGUGUGGUUUAAAUUAUCUGAUUAUUUUUUUUCUGGGGCACAUGAAUUGUGCAGCAGCAAAGAUUCCACUUUGUAUUGUAGAAAUCUAAACGAAUCAAUGGGAGUUAUGCGGCACUUUCACCUUGUGGAAUCCCGAUAAACUGCUGUUAUACUGAAUCCAGGACUAAAACCCUUCUUCUGCAUCUCAGGCCAUUUAGUCAGGCCUCUCUAUAGCUGAGAUGAAGGUGAACCAUCUCAGCCGAUAGCAGUCUAAAGUCCCUUAUCCUUUCUGUGGGAAAGUCACUAAAGGGCAACAGUGAGCAUAUGCGCUUGUACACAGGCAUAAAGGCAAUGAUAAACUAUACUUCAAGAUCUCCUGCAGAUCACCUCCCCUAGUGUGCUAGAUUUCAGAGUAAAUUGUACAGUUUCAUAUGAUUAUCAAACAGCAGCGUGUCACCACUCAGUGAUCUACAAUAAAACAAUCAAACAAACCUAAGUGGCCAGUGAAGUAUCACAAAGCCCACAUAGCUUUAUUUGUCCAUAACCAGUUUGCUAGAAGAUUUAUGAAUCUAGCCCUAGGAUCCAACUGAUAUGAAACAGACUGUAGGUAUAAUUGAGCAAUCUUUCACUGGUACCCAAGUUGCUCACUUGUUUUUGUCAAAUGAGGGCAUUAGUUGCUGUGUUGGAAUGGGAUUUCAUGAUUAUUGUAUUAUAGAGAAGGUCUGUAGAACAAGAAAAGGUUUUUAAUUAUAUUUAAAGUGUGAUUCCAGAUGUACUGCUAUAUAAAAUAUUGCAACAUUAGAGUAGAACCUAAUUAUAACGUAGACUAUAUCAUUUUUUUUUUUUGCAUUUUUCCUGGGCAUUCAGAGUGGUCUCCAUUAUAAAGUGAUCAGAGCUCCUCCAGUUUAAAACUAGGAGAGUAGCUGAAGGAGAAUGUUCUUGCAAUAUCUGAGCAAAACACAGAUUCUAAUUUUGAGCAGUUUGUAAGGAAAUUAAAAUUGCAAGCUGAUUAAUAAGAAGGCAGCACCAAUUAUGCCAUUAUGAUUAAGAGUCUGUCGUCAGGUCCAUUAUAAACGAGUUUCCCUAAAUACUAAUACAUGAUAGACCAGAACCAUUUUAAAGGGUGCUCUAUCAGGAGUUGUGGGCAUAAAAUGUCUCUUUAAAAAAAUAUGCCUGAAUAGAGGGAGACCUGCCAGACCACACCAGCUUUUAAAGGCUCAUAGACUCUCACAUGGGAGGGAGUUUUAAAAUACUGCCUCUAAUUUCUCGCAUAAAGAGGAAUGACACUGAACAGCAUCGUGUGUACUUACCAUACCACAAUCACUAGCUUGGCAACUAAUAUGAAACUAAUGUUAAACUGCUAUUUUUAAACACCACAUUUCAACAUCAUAAAGGUAAACUGCAAAAUACCAGGAAAUUCAAGGUUUAAGUCAGAAUUUUCAAGUUCAUUUGCUGUUUUUCAGUGUUCUGUGUACAGUGCAGUGUACUAUAGCACACUUGGUUGUAAAUUGUUUUGCACUGGGAAGGAGUUGGCUUGGGAAAGUCUGAAAAUGUUUCAAUAUAUCGUAAGAAGUAAAUUUUCUGCAGGGUCCCAUGCCCUUGUCUCACUUCCAAGUGAAGUGAAAUAACCUGAUGAAUUUCUUUGGUCAGACUACUUUGGACUACAUGGCGCUCCUCACGUUUUUUUAAUCUUUAAAGUUGAUUUGCUGCUCCUUCCUAUUCCAUUCAGCUGAUCUUUAGGGCCCUGAAGUGAUAGAUAGCGUUGCAUUUCCUCUGAAAAGGAAACAGGCCUGCAUGGGAUGGGGUGGCUGUAGGCAGAAUUAUAUAGAGGGGCCAUAGCCAGGGAAUCUACACACAAUACAGAUCCACUGGCCCAAAAUUUUCUUACAGGGGAAGCCAUAGCAGUCAUUGCUUACUACUUCAGCUCAGGAUGAUAGCAGCAAUUGAGUGGCUAAGCAGGUGCCCAAUGCCCUACCUGCUGAUUGGGAGGAAAAUCCCCUCAACUUCCACAUAAGUCGGGGGGAGAGGGGGGCGGGUUGUGUUUUUUUGUGUUGGUGCAAAACCCAUUUACUCAGGCUUUGUGCUACAAAUGUGAAUUUUAUCCUAUGCAUAGAAGAUCAAGUAUGUGUAUUCCGGAUCCAAUUUAACAGGACCACAGCACUCCAAAUGAUUCAAGCACUUCACAUAGAAGUGCGUGAGGUGUCCUCCGUCUGUUUGGUAAUGAAUAACUGAAUGUCAAUAAGACACUUUGCAUUUCCUGACAAGCAUUCAUUUUUCAGGUUAGAAGUUUAACCUCACCUAUAGCACACAAGCCACUACCUCUUCACUGUCCGCUGGUAAAAUUGCCCUAGUCUCUUUUUUUUUUUUUUUUCUUUUUAAACACAUUUCUCUGUGAGAAAACACUUUCGUCAGGACUAAGUGAGAAAAUGUAUCUGUUUGUAUUCCCCUUCCUGAAGAAAAUGUAUAGUAAUGAAAUUUUAAACUCUGUAUAGUUAUACUGCCAAGCGGGACCCUUCACCAGAGUGCUUUGGUAAUGUUGUUGUUAAAUCACCACUAAACCGGAUUUUUAUAUUGAAAUCCCAUUUUUUUAGCUUUGCUUUCCCAGUGAGUUUUGUUUCUUCUCUGCUCUAACAUAUGCCUUUUAAAAGUCUUUUUAAAAAAAAAGGAAAAAGGAAAAAAAGUAUUUAUAUAAAAGAAAAACAAGACCCCUUUACGUAGCUUUUUAAAUGGGUUGCAUUAGGACCAAAGAGAAUGCAUCUUAUUUUCUUGCUUUAAAGUAAUUAAUCAAAAUGCCAAUUGAUCAUCACUUCCACAGCUUUUUAUUGGGGAGGGAAUCGCUGCCCCCUAAUCCUGCAAAAGGAUCUGCACUGAGCCCCACUGACGUCAAUGGGGCUUUUCAUGAGAACAAGCAUCUGCUGUGCACAGUGAUUCAACUGGAGCCAUGCAUAGCACGUGGGCCAAAUCUGAUGUCUUUAUUCAAUUAUGACUCAUGGUCUGCUCAGUCAAAACACUCGUUAAAUUAAGGGGACUUUGGGCCAAAUAGGGACUGACUGAAAACUGAACAAGGACUUCAAGUUUUGGAUCAGUGUCAGGAAAAAAAAAUUGAGUGGCAAAUACUGAAGUGAUUGGAUCCCUGCUUUUCAUCUGGGGAAGGUUGUAGCAAGCACGUUUCUGAUUACAUUAUUUCUUUCAAUAUGGGGUGUGAACUGAGAGCGUGAAAUUUUCAUGACACACUUUUGUCUCCCUGCCAUACAUUCUGCCUGCUUUGGAAACUUGCACAGGUUUCCAGGGCACCGGUAUGUCCUUAAACGUAUGGAUUGGGAAUUAUGGUUCUAAUUUCCAAUUAAUGUUAAUGGGAAUUAAGGUGACUUUGAGAGAAGGAUGUAAUAUUCUUAGGGUAUUCAGGUAGGAGUGAAUGCAUAGCAAACAUUCAGUAGUGUCAAAGUCAAAGAAAGGGAUUCUUUAAGAACGAAUGAAACAAUCUGGAACAUUGCUGUCAGAAACCACAUGAUGCAUUGAGCCAAACCCUGAUCCCAACAAAGUCAGUGGCAAAAUGCCUGAAGCCAGGAUUUUGGUCCUUUAUGUUCUGCUAUAUAUAUACAAAUAUAUAUAUGUGGCCCACACCUCAUUGUUACCUCAGAGUAAUUCAUCCUCCUUACGAACAAGCUGAAAAAUCAAAAACCCCAGCCCUGAACCUAACCAAUAGCUUUAUGGGGAUUUGUCCAUACGUAGGUGAUACGGUACAUGUUCUUAGCCCUCCCAGUGGUCCUGGAGCUUUUUUCCAAAACAUCCUUCUAAUAUCUUAGAAUCUAUGUGAAGGUUGGGGGUUUUGAAAAGCCAUUGUUGGCCAAAUUCUGCUUCUACUCUGGUCACUGGGAGUUUCAUCAUUGAUUUCAGUGGGAGCAGAGUGAGGCUAAUAUUGAGUGCUUUUGAAAAUCCCUCUCAUUAUGCAUAGGGAUCCAAUGGAUCUGGUGCCCAUUUUAGGCUGCUUUGUAAUGAUGCAAUCAACUGGGAGUAAUGUCUUGGUUAUAGUAAACUAUCAAGCAAUAUAUCCAUAUAGAGAGUACCUUUUAGCAUUGUAAAGUUAACUAUGAAAGCACUAUUUGUACAAAUAAGAAAUGCUGUCUUUUAUACAGUUUAAUGAUUUAUACUAUUGAUCAAAGAUUGUUUGUAUAUUGAGUGAUAAAAAUAAGGUGUAUAUUAUUCUUGUUUUUAAUUUUUGGAGAACAUUUAUUGUAAUAUACUGUAUCAUCUUUGGGGGGGAAUAAGUCAGGUUGGCUGGUUUGUAGGGUUAAUAGUCAUGGAAGUGCUAAUGUUAAAAGUCUUUUAUUGAGAGAUUUUGAAAAGGUAUCACUAUGGGGAUUUAACCAGAGCUUACUGAUCUUAAUAAUGAGGCACCUUUCCUCUCUCUAGCACAUUUACGAUACCCUCAUGCUCAGUGUUCACUCUUUGAGUUUCAUAGUGCAGUAUGAUACAACAAACAGUUUUGGCCAUUGCAGCUGUUGUUUACCAAGGUGCUAGGGAAAUGCACUCUUUGAAAUGCACAGCAAUGUCUCUCCUUAAUUUUUACCACAAAUAUAGCAAUCAAAGCAAAAUCAAAGCAAACCCUCAAGCUCAAAUCCACGGGAUAUUUUGCUUUUGAGGCCCAUGCUAUUGCCCAUUUAUAAACUGUAUGCUAUUAAAAAAAAAAAAAGUCCCUUCUUAAGUUUCUCGCUCCACCAGCAUUAACAGAGCAAGAAUCCAUGAUAAGGAGGUAUAGAUACAUAACAUAAAACUAAACUAAAAACCCACGAAAGACUUCAGUAGGUAAGGGGGGGAAAUAACACCACAAAAAUGCCUGGAAAAAUAAAUAAAUCAGACUUAUAACCCCCCGACUCAAGGCAACAGAGUAAAUAAUCCUAUGAAAAAAGCAAACAAUGAAAUCUAGUUUUAAUACAUUAUAGGAAAGAGUUUCUCAGACGAACAACAUGGGAGCAUGAAUGAGUAGGGUUGCAGAGAAGGGGAAACCAUAUCAGUGGGGGUCAUACCAAUGUAGGGUAUUAACCCAAAUGGUGGAACUCCCCGUUGAAUUAAAUGGGAGUUGCAUACAAGGGUCAAGGGAAUCACAUAGUCCUAAAUGUAAUGGAGAUUUCUAUGGGGUAUGUAGAAGGGAGAGAAAAGUUAGCCUAGGCUUCCUCUAGGAGAAAAAUAUAUUGUGUAGCUGAGAUGGUAAAAGGUCAGAGGAGUUGGAACUGGAUACAUGAAGCACAAGAUCAGCCUGGAUAAGUCCCCAUUAUACUUAUUUGUAAAUUAGUAAUUUUUUUCUUUAAAGAUGAACUUCGUACACAGAGAAAAAGCCAUUCCAGCACCUUUCGCCCAGCCCCUUCCAUUACAUAAGCUGUAUGCUGAACCACCUUGACUUAUUUUAUGCAGAAAAUUAUGUAGUCUUAAAAUUCAUAUAACUGGUUCUCAGAAAUGUCUAGUGUAUAUUAAUGCAUGAUCUUUUUAUUUUAAUAAAGGUAAUGAAAUAUGA